AUGCAUAUCAAACGUGUAUCUUCAUGCUACCAGCAGUGGCGAGAACGGUUACAGCGCUACAACAUCUCUGUAUCUGACUCUGACGGGUCUGACUCCGAUCUUGACGAGAGCUCAUCUGACCGAGAGCACAGUCAUCGAGAGGCUGCUGCUGCUGCUGCUCCCGUCUUCAAUGUGCCAGAUCUCGCGCCUCACGACAACUUCCAGGACACCACUCCCUCCGCUCCCUCCCCAUCCGACUCCCCUUCUGAGCUACAUCGCGCUGCCACAGUUACUUUGGAAGACAUCGAUGAUGAUGAACUCACUGACCGGAUGCGACAGAGGUUCGUCGAGUCAUUUCCUGGUGAUGCAGGAACCCCAAUACGACCGGGUAUGACCUCAUUUGAUGAGAUACGUGCGAGGCAGAGGACCGGUGAUGUCGGGGCUUGGGGUCCAUUUGAGGAUGAGGACGAUUGGAUGUUAGCUCGAUGGCUAGUGCGGAAUGUAGGACAGAGGCAGGCUGACGAGCUGCUGAAGCUCGGGAUGAUAUCAAAGCGCGCAUGUCCGUCAUAUAAGAACAAGCGUGCCCUGCUUCAGAAAAUCGAUGCUAUUCCAACGAAAGGUUCCAAGUGGCACCGUGAUGUAGUGACGGUGGGCGGUGAUAAAUUUGAUGAGAAGGGACAAGUUAUGACUGAAGACCUUGAGCUCUGGCGCCGGGACCCUGUGGAGUGUAUACGGGAGCUGUUUGAGAAUCCUGCUUUCCGUGACAAGCUGUCAUAUGUUCCCGAGCAUGUGUACCGUGAUGAAGCUGGGAAUAUUAGAAUUUAUGAUGAGAUGUGGACUGCAGAUUGGUGGUGGGAUAUCCAAGAGCGAUUACCAAAGGGUGCUACUGUUGCCCCUGUCAUUCUUUCCUCCGACAAGACCAAACUCUCGCAGUUCCGGGGUGAUAAGGCAGCAUGGCCUGUCUACCUCACUAUCGGGAAUAUUGAAAAAUCUGUUCGCCGACAACCAUCUUCACAUGCCAUGGUCCUGAUUGGCUACCUCCCUGUCAGCAAGCUUGACUGUUUCACAGAGAAAACUCGGGCAUUGGCAGGCUACCGUCUCUUCCACUUCUGCAUGCGUAGAAUCCUUGAACCUUUGAUUCAGGCUGGUAAAGAUGGAGUAGAGAUGACCAUCCAGAGCGAUGUCUUGUUGCCUGCUGCAAGGAGAAUCGUUGCCCCCAGUGCCGAGUUCAAUGGGAAGAUUCUGGUGAUCUUGUUGACAGCCUUUACCGCCUUCAAGGAGGAAGGGCUUCGUGCUGUAGAUCAGCCCUUCUGGGUGGAUUUGCCUCACUCUGAUAUAUUCACUUCCCUCACUCCUGAUCUUCUUCACCAGUUACACAAAGGGCUCUUCAAGGAUCAUCUGGUUGAUUGGUGCUUUGAUGUCUCCAAGGACAGUGAUAUUGAUGACCGUUUCAAGUGCAUUCCUGGUUAUCCUGGGCUACGUCACUUCAAAAAUGGCAUAUCCCUAGUGUCACAAUGGACUGGAACCGAGUUCAAGGAGAUGGAGAGGGUUUUUAUUGGCUUACUUGCUGGUGCAAUCAAUCCUGUGGCUGCUAAGACUGCUCGGGCAGUGCUGGAUUUCAUCUAUUUUGCACAAUUUCACACCCAUACUUCCGACACCCUUGAUGCCCUGCAGGCAGCUCUACGGGAAUUCCACGAGAACAAAGAUGUAUUCGUCACCCUCAAAGCCAGGGAGCAUUUCAACCUUCCAAAGCUACAUGCAAUGAAGCAUUACCUUGAUUCCAUCCGGUCCCGUGGUUCUCCUGAUGGGUUCAAUACGGAACUCCCUGAAAGGCUGCACAUUGACUAUGCUAAGGAUGCCUAUCGCGCAAGUAAUAAACGUGACUAUGUUCAGCAGAUGACCAAGUGGCUUGAGCGUCAGGAGUCUACUGAGCUGUUUACAGCAUAUCUUGACUGGGCUGGCAUUACAUCAAGCUCUUCUGAUGCAGAGUCAGAUGAAGAUGAUGGUGAUGAGAGUGAUGAUGAACUGCUGGAUGAUCCUGAAGAGCCAGGCACAUCAGACCGCUUGUGGUUGUCUUGCAAACCUGCCCAUCCUUCAAUCCUUGGCAACAUAUCUUCGUGA